AUGGUUUGUUGUUAUUAUGAUUUUGUGUAUAUGGUUGUUUGUUAUUAUGAUAGCAGAUCAUCAGAAGAUAAACCUAUAUUAACAAUGUGUCCAAAAGAUUAUUUAGAAGAUUGUGAAAGUCUUUCAUCUUAUGUGGCUAGUAGUGAGAUUGAAUAUUAUGCAUAUGUUACAUACAAUCACAACUUAUGUUUGAUAGAUAGUAGAUAUCCUGUAAAUUCAGUUGUUAAAAAGUGGACUCAUCAAUUCAAAAGAAGUCCACUGUAUUGUGAUAUAUGUUUUAGAGGAAACGAUGAAUUUAUUAUAUUUGCAAGUCAAGUUACUGGAGAAACAGGUAUAAUAUUGAAUAAUUGGAAGUCAACUGAAGAGCCACCUCAAACAUUUGGUACACCAUUUACUCCUCCAAGUAAUAUAGAAACAUUAAUUGCACUGCAGUCACAAGGGAAAUGUCUUAAUCCACACAUAAGGAAUAGAUUAUCAUUAUGUAAUACAGGUUCAUCAGUCAUCAAGAGACACUAGAUCUUUAUUCUUUAGAAAUCUGCAAGGCUUUGCAUAAACUUAAAAUAUGGGAGAGACAGAUUUUGAAAAAUGAUCACCAUGAAAUUGUUGCUCCACUUGUAGUAACAAAGAG